AUGAAGAACAUUUCACUAACACUACUUGUACUCUUCCUACAUCUCAUCCCACUCAUCUCCUCACAACCCUUUACUCUCACCCAAUUCCAAAACCCUAGACUCUUUCAAGCCUACCAAGCCCUCCAAGCUUGGAAGCUCGCCAUCACGUCCGACCCUCAAAACUUCACGUCCAACUGGGUCGGAUGCAACGUCUGCAACUACACCGGAGUCUUCUGCGCCCCCUCACCGGACGACAACUCCACGACCACAGUUGCCGGGAUCGACCUCAACCGCGCGUCCAUCUCCGGCAUCCUCCCGUCCGACCUCGGAAAACUCACCGACUUGGCCGUCUUCCACCUCAACUCCAACCGAUUUACCGGCACAAUCCCCUACGCAUUCCAGAGCCUCCGACUUCUAUACGAGCUCGACUUGAGCAACAAUCUGUUCUCCGGGGGAUUCCCCGACGUUGUACUCUCUCUCCCUUCGUUAAAGUUCCUCGACAUCCGGUUCAACCAGUUCCAGGGCGCUGUCCCUUCAGGUAUGUUCGACCUGAAGCUGGACGCGCUUUUCAUAAAUAACAACAAUUUUCAAAUGACCAUACCGAAAAAUAUCGGGAACUUGCCCGUGUCAGUACUUGUCAUCGCGAAUAACAAUUUCCAAGGGUCGUGUCUGCCGAAGGAGAUCGGGAAUAUGGGGGGCACGUUGCAAGAGAUCAUACUGAUGAACGCGAGUCUGGGCGGGUGCUUGCCGGACGAGAUCGGGUCGUUGACUCAGUUGACCGUUUUCGACGUGAGCUUCAAUAAUUUAGUGGGGAGUCUUCCCGAGUCGAUGGGGAACAUGAGGGGACUCGAGCAGCUGAACGUGGCGGGAAACAGGCUGUCGGGAGAUAUCCCGGAGAGCAUUUGCAGGCUGCCGAGGCUCGAGAAUUUCACAUACUCGGGGAAUUAUUUCUUUAGGGAGCCGAGUUCUUGCCUGAAGCUCAAGGAGAAGGAUGAUGCUGGGAACUGUAUACCUUUCAGGCCUAGGCAGAGGUCAGUUGAUGAGUGUGAACAUUAUUAUUCACGACCGGUGGAUUGUACCGCCUUUGGCUGUUCGCCACGUCGCGUUAAUAAGCAUCCAUGA